CUGAAGUCAUCCUUCUCACACAAGAUUUCUUUUGCUUACCCAUGUCCUCAACUUUGCCCUCGUUCCCUUGGAAUCCCACACACGCAGACAUUACUUGGACAAAAUGUCAAAUGCUCAUGUUAUCACGCCAGCGACAGUGGCCGACGUGCCCGGGAUCGUCGAUAUCUUGAUCCACGCCUUCGAGAGCGAAAGGAUGAAUGAGAUGUUUCCGCCCACGCCCGAGAGCCGAGCCUGGAUAGAAAAGGCCUACGAAGGCUUCGUCAGGGGCGACGUUGGCAGACACGAGUCGCGCGUCUUUGUGCUCCGCAACGAGAACGGGAAGACGGUUGGUUUCUCGUUUUACUGGAUCGUCGACGCGAAAAAUGGAGAGUUCCAGCCGUGGCACGAGCGGUACCCUGCGCGCGUGGCCGGCCUUGGUUGGGAGCAGAUGGAUGCCUUUUACACCAUGAUGGAGAACAAUCACAGGAAGGUCAUGGACCAGGGGAGCCACAUCUUCCUCGAGACAAUUGCUGUCCACACAAGCGUCCGGGGCAGGGGGCUUGCCGCAAGGAUGGUGGAGAUAGGCAUGGAGCUGGCCGAUACUCUAGACUACCCCUCGUAUCUGGACGGGAACAAGCUGGCUGUGACUUUGUACGAGCGCGCCGGGUACAUCUCCCAGGAUACCGGGCUUCCUUUCAGAAGUGUUCCAAUGAGGAGGCCUAAGAAAAGCGAGCGCCAGGCAGAAGCUAAGCCGUAAUGGUGGGGACUGGAGUUGGUAAUUAGUAUUAUUAUACUAAUUACGCGGUGCAUUUAAUCCAAAAAUUUAAACCCGAUUUUUUCUUUUACUAAUAAUUUAAUAAGCUAAUUACCCAGUUAAAACGUGCUUAGCAGCUAAAAAUUAGCGGAAAUAUACGUUUGCAGUAUUAAAAAACGUU